AUGUCAAAUAUUCCCACUACUUUUAAUAUUCUUCCUACGCCUGUUAAAUCUUUUCCAGUAUCGUCACAAUCUGAUCUAAUAGAAUCUAAUCAUUAUUAUUAUAACGAUCACUGUUAUAAUGAUGAUGAUGAUAACUACACCAAUAAUCAUAUUUUCAAUGAAAGCCCAACACCUUUUCGUAAAAUUAAUAAUAAUACGAACAUCAACUACAUCAAAUAUAAUCCUAACAUAGAUAUUGAUCAUUGUAUUAUUUCAAUGAAUACUUGGACAAAAACUAGAAAAUUAUCUUCUUUACAAGAUGUUGUUGAAGAUGGUAAUAAUGAUAUUCUAUUCAUGAAUUAUAGUUGCAAUAAUAACAAUUGUAUUAAUAACUUUGAUGAAACUACAUCAUCAAGACCGUCUAAUUAUAAUAAUGAUGGUGGUGGAAACUUUUACAAUGGUAACAACAAUAAUAGUAGUAGUAGUAUUAAUGUGGAAUUUUCAAGAUUAUCCACAGGAUUCAAGGAAAUCAUUACUCCUACAUUUAAUGAACCAUUGGAAAACCCCUACAAGUGUUUUGAUGUUUCUGAACAUUCUGCCUCUCUUCCUUUCAAUAAUACAUCAAACAAUUCUUCAGAAAUCUCUGGAUUUACCACGGGUUCUGGGAAAAAAAUUGCUCCCAUAUCUAAAGAAUCAAAGGAAAGAGCCUACAAGUGUUUAGGCGAUUCUAAACACACUUCUUCUCCUUCUUCCGAUAAUAUAUUAAAUACUAUUUCUGGAUUUUCGACUGGAUUCAAAAGAAAAAUUAAAUCUAUAUCAAAAGAAUCAAUGAAGGUUUCCGAACAUUCUUCUUCAAGCAUUAAACCUUCAAAAGACAAUGAUAUGAUAAAAUAA